AUGGAUGUCCCAUUCCAGUUGGUGCUGCUGCUCUGGGCACUGAUGUGCACACAGGGAGCAGAGUCUGUGUGUUCCUCAUGUGGGAUCCCCACAUUGGCACCACAAGCAGAACGAGCUGUGGUUCUGGAGCUGGCCAAGCAGCAAAUCUUAGAGGGGCUGCAUCUGACCAGCCCUCCCAGAAUAACCCAUGCGAUACCCCAGGCAGCACUGACCAGAGCACUUCGGAGACUACAGCCGGGGAGUGUGAGUCCAGUGAAUGGGGAAGAAGUCAUCAGCUUUGCUACCAUCACAGAUUCUUCCCCUUCAAGCUGCAGUUCCAUGCUCACCUUCCACCUGUCCACUCCGCGGGCCCGCCACCUGUACCACGCCCGCCUCUGGCUACAUGUGCUCCCCACCUUUCCGGACAUUCUUAACUUGAGGAUCAUUCGGUGGAUCCCAAGGAGGAGACGCCAAGGGUCCCGCACGGUCCUGGCUGAGCACCAAAUGAAUACCCCGGGCUGGCACGCCCUGACUCUGCCCUCUAGUGGCUUGAGAGGUGAGGCGUCAGGUGUCCUGAAACUCCGGCUGGACUGCGGAUCCCUAGAGGGCAAUAACACCGCUGCUCAAUCAUGGUCACGAAUCCUAAAUACAGUGGGCGACAAGCGGCCCUUCUUGGAACUUAAGAUCAGGGCCAAAGAGCGUCGAGUGGGCCGGGCCAGGAGAAGGACGCCCACUUGUGAACCUGAGACCCCUUUGUGUUGUAGACGAGAUCAUUAUGUAGACUUCCAAGAGCUGGGAUGGCAGGACUGGAUCCUACAGCCUGAGGGCUACCAGCUGAAUUACUGCAGUGGGCAGUGCCCUCCACACCUGGCUGGCAGUCCUGGUAUUGCUGCCUCCUUCCAUUCUGCUGUCUUCAGCCUCCUCAAGGCCAAUAACCCCUGGCCCUCCGGUACUUCAUGUUGUGUUCCCACUACCCGAAGGCCCUUGUCCCUACUCUACCUUGAUCGUAAUGGCAAUGUAGUCAAGACAGAUGUGCCCGAUAUGGUGGUGGAGGCCUGUGGCUGCAGCUAG